CUGGCAUCUUCAAGGGAUCCUUGCAAAAAACACGAGCGGCGAUUAAACGACCAAGUUUGUCCAUGGGAGCAGUCAAAGCCUCCGGCGAGCAUCGUCUCGGGGCGUAAAAGCUUCAGCUCCGUCCUCAAAGUAUGACGAAGGGUGCUUAAACAGCCUGCCUUUCACUGCGAUCCGCAAACCAGGCCGAUUUCAUGUGUGUUCGUGUUUCCAGAGGAAGAGGAGACUGCACAAUGUAGGCAGGCUGGUCACCAGUGGGAUUCCAUACUGUUCUCUGGGGGACCAUGGAGCCAGAAGGGCGACCCCUAACCCCAGGGACCAGCUAUGGGCCCCCACCCUUCAACUCAGCACAAAACCCCGUCACCCCCGCCUCCCUCAACUGCACCUUACAGUCAUCACGUUCCCCAAAUGUGAGAGGUGGCCUGAUGUCUGCUAAAUGCUGGGACCACACUGGAGAUGAGGACCCCAACCAGACUGAGGGCACUCAGCCCAGUGCAGACCCAGGGAGGAGCGCACAGAGGAGGUUCAGGUCCUCAGUCUUCUCUUCCUCCCUAAGCUGGGACUCUGACUCUGAGAAAGAAACACUAGAUGAGGAGGAGCUACAGCACUUUUCUAACCCUCACGGUCUGGCUGCUCACAGCCCGGGAUCUCCUUCGUCUGGACUCAGACCUGAUAGUGAAGAUGACCAAGGACCAGCAAAUCUGCAGCACCUGCACAGCAAGACUGACUGGCCUACUGCUGUGGAGGGGCACAACGACAACAACGAGAGCACAAAGACAGAAGAGCCAAAUACAUCUCAGCUUGGCCCACAAGAAUUGGAAGACAGCAAAGUCUGGAAUGUACCUGAGGGAGCUGAGCGGUUUCUGUCCAAAGUAAAACCAAAAGAAGGUUGCCAGAUGGUGGAGGAGGCAGAUAGUUGUGAGGGAGAGAAAAGGCCCAAGGGAAAAGAAACCACAGAGCCUGAGAGAGAUGUGUACACGUUCCCUGGAGACUCAGACCCUGAGAGUCCCCCUCCUGCCCCCUGGGCUCAUUGCACAUUCAUUCAGCGGUGCAGAAAGAAGAGGGUGCUGCUCAGGCCCUUCUCUGGACUUGGCACCUUAAAGCGCACAUUGCCUGAAAGUGGCAAACAGGCAAAAGUGAGUCCUCAAAAAUCAAAACCGGCUGAGCCAGCACAGCUGAAUCAAGGUGGAGAGGUUUAUGAUUUUGAUGAAGUGAACUUGGGAGAGGCAGCAGUGGAAGAACCGGUAAAGUUCAGAUACAAAGGCGGGAAAAGAGACAAAGAAGAAGAAAGUGGGAUAGUGACCGUUAAAGAAAUCUUCACCUGUGUGGAAUGUAGCAUUUACUUCAAAAAGCAAGUCCACCUGCAGGAGCACAUCGUUGAGCACUGUCAGAGUGGUGCAGGGGGUGGCAGGCGUUUAGGAAAGGGCGGCCGUUUUCGGUGCACCGAGUGUGGAUGGAACCUGCCAAAUCGGCUCGCACUGGCGGACCACCACCGAAGGCACCAGGAGUCCCGUCUGAAGAUCUUGGAGGAGAUUGAGAAACUGAAUGAAAACGGGGGAGAGAUUCAGAAACUCGACAGUAAGGUGGUGAGGCAUACAAGCCCAGACCGAGCUAUUAUGCAAGAUGCAGGCACAGCCUCGAUUCUAGGCAAAAUGUCAGACCCAGAAAUAGUCACGUCUCCACCUCUUUCCCCAGCCCCAGUUUCAACACAAGAUGCAGACGCAGUAGUUCUAGACUCAGAAGCAGCUCCUCCGAAUUCACUUCGAAGUCCAGCUCAGGCACGAGCUGUUUCUGCCUACCGCCGCCGCUUUGUCUGCACCAAGUGUAACUUCAGCACAAGAACCUCCCAGGCACUGGCUAAUCACACCAAGAUCCACAACAGAAAAAAACCCGCUCUCCAGGCUCACCCCCCAUCCCCUGGUUCACCAUCAUGUUUGGCAUCCACUUCCCUGGCCUGUGGUCAUUGUGCCUUCCUGACCUCAAGUCAAACUGUAAUGAGGGAACACCAGAACCUUGUUCACCCAGGACAGGUCUCCGUCAGCGGGGCGCAGGCUGAUGAGACCGGCCUGCAUUCACGGCCUAAUGUGGGUGCUCGAAUUUCAAAACCCACCCUAGACUCUGACCAUCUCUCUGGAUCUGGAUCCCCACCCGAUGCAACUCAAAGCCAAAGCCAGCAAGUAGUCACUGCCUCCGAGGACAGCACAAUACAAGACAGCGCUGCAGCUCGGGCCACAAGCCAGUUGGUCUUCAAGUGUGUUGGGAACAGGAGAUUCAGCAGAAGAGGGAAGACUUGGACUGAUCUGGCCAAGUUUCAUCCCAGACUGGAUGAUGGCAAGCUGCCUGGGAGUGAAGAAGGAGAAGAGCGGGAUGAAGAUCAGAGCACAGAUCUUGACACUGAGUGUUCCCAAGAAGAGGUCAGCUCACCCGUGGGAGUGAAACCGCACACCAGAGCACGAUCAAACACAGAUGACUGUUCAGCACAGCAGAGUGCUACAUUAUCACUCCCUUCAAAGAACAGUGUGAAGGGCGAAGACAAGCUGGAAGCGGAGAAAGAUGGGAAGGUUUUCUGCUUGAGGAGGAGCAACAGGGUUACUGCUGCUCCUGCGGAAACUGACAGUGAUGACGACGACGACAUAGACGAGGAACGCGUGCGCUUUCUCCUGUCAGAGGGCAUCUUGGAUGAAGACAACGACGAGCUUGAUGAGGACACAGAGGCGCUCAAGAGCGUGGAAAGGAGGUGCCCCUACUGCCCCGAUCGAUUUCACAAUGGCAUUGGGCUCGCCAACCACGUGAGAGGCCACCUGAACCGAGUGGGCGUCAGCUACAACGUGCGUCACUUCAUAUCCCCCGAGGAAGUCAAUGCGAUUGAGAAGAAGUUCUCCUAUCAGAAGAAGAAAAAAAAAGUCGCCAACUUUGACCCGGACACGUUCAGUGUGAUGCACUGUGAGUUCUGUAGCGCCGGCUUCGACACCCGGGCCGGCCUGUCCAGCCAUGCACGGGCCCACCUGCGCGACUUCGGCAUCACUAACUGGGACGUUACCAUCUCGCCCAUCCACAUCCUGAGGGAGUUGUUCUCCAGCCGGCCCGACCUUGUCAUCCCCACGGCUCCCCCUCGGAGCCUCGGAUCUCCACAGGAGGAGAGCGAGGAGGAGGAAGAGGAGAGGGAAGUGGAGGAGGAAGGGGAGGGAAUCGUUGAGGUAAAGCUAGAGGGGGAGACAAGUGAAAGGACGCUGAGUGCUGCCGUUUCUGAUGCACUGCCUCCAGCAUCUCCUCAACGCUGCAAGAAAGAGGAUGAUGUAGAAGAGUGUGAAGGUGAGGAGGAGGAAGCAGCUGAGGAAGAGGAUGAGGAGGAGCUGCAGCUUCCAGCUCUGGACGGUCUGAGCUCAAGCCCCGGGAAAACAGGGCUGUGCGGCGUGGACACAGACGGCAUCUCUCCUGGGGAAGAUGCAGACUCCAAGGUCCACAGCUUGAAGUGUGAGGUGUGUGGAGCUCAGUUUGAGACCAGGCGGGGACUGUCCAGCCACGCCCGCUCUCACUUGCGUCAGCUGGGCAUCAGUGUUUCAGAGAGCAGCGGGGCACCCAUAGACCUCCUCUACCAAAUUGCCAAGGAGCGCGACAUAGACAGCCAAAUAAGCUCACCCCUCCUAGAGCCCCUUGCAUCCGAGAACUCCCCCCUGUCCGUUCCUCAGAAAGAUGAGGAUUUAGAAGACAUGGACUUAGACGAGAAACCCAGCCCACUCUCCAUCCUGGCCAAAGCAGCAAAAGCAGUGCCACCCUCUUCCUCCUCCACGCCCACACCUUCUCCGGGUGUCUCUCCGGCCCUGCCUCAUUCGGGCUCCCCUUCCUCAGUAGUGAGGAAAGCUCCCAUUUCCUCUCUGCUGCCUGUGUCUUCCCCCUUGCGCUCCCCUGAGCACAAGGCAGGGGGAAUGAAAACCUUGACCUCUAACCUCUCUGCCCCGGCCACCAUCACAGCAACCAAACCCCUCUGGGCACCGCAGGAGAAUGACGCUCCUCUCAACCUCACACUAGAGGUGGACCCCAACAAGGACAUCGUUUGUCAGCUGUGUGGCGCCUGGUUUGAGACUCGGAAAGGCUUAUCCAGCCAUGCACGAGCGCACCUGCGACACUUUGGGGUGGAGUACUCUGAAUCCAAGGGCUCUCCCAUCGACCUCCUGAACCAGCUCAUUGAUACUGACGACUUCAAGCACAAAGCCAGUGCAUUGCAGCUCGACAGCCACACAGGACCACGGGGCCUCACGACCACGCUAUCCUCCCCGAAGCAGUCGCUGCUGAGCCUCUCCUCCUCUUCUUCUUCAUCCCUCCUCUACAAGGUGACCACAGCUGGGGGCGGGUCGACAUCCAAAACUACCUCUUCCUCUGCCUCAUCUUUACUAGGCCCACCUGCCAAGCGGCUCAAGUCUUCUUCCAUGCGGGUCUUCCGCCUGAGUAGCGGGGAGCUCAUGGCCCUUCCACACAGUGAACCUCUUAAGGAAAUAGGCUGUGAGUUCUGCGGGGAAUAUUUUGAGAAUCGCAAAGGCCUCUCCAGCCACGCCCGCUCCCAUCUGCGGCAGAUGGGCAUUACCGAGUGGUCUGUCAACGGCUCCCCAAUCGACACCCUGAGGGAGAUCAUCACAAGACGGGGCCUGCCUUGCGCUCUUCCUCUAAAACCUCUCAAAACUCCACCUCCGUCCUCUCCGGGGCCCCCCCGAUCCCCUCUGUCAACCUCCUCCUCUCCUUCCGCUAACCUCCUCAGUCGUCUACCCUUCGCCUUUGCCCGCCCCUCCAGCCCUCCUCAGCCCGCGGUGUCUAAAUCAAGCUCCGUUCCGCCGACGUCCUCCAGCGGGCUUAUCCUCAAGCUGAAGCCUGAGCCGGUGCAGCUGGAGGUGACCACGCCUGGGGAUGUUGGGAGAUCUGCCAGCUUCUCUGGUGAACCUCUCAGCUGGAGCAGCUCUGACAAUGUGUUCCCACUUAAUUUGGCCAUGCCACAUGAAGUAGAGCCGACAAGAGAUAUCCGCUGUGAGUUCUGCGGGGAAUACUUUGAGAAUCGCAAAGGCCUCUCCAGCCACGCCCGCUCCCACCUGCGCCAGAUGGGCAUUACUGAAUGGUCUGUCAACGGCUCACCAAUAGACACCCUGAGGGAGGUUAUGCACAAGAGAGGUGUAGGCGCCUCCUCUCACUCUGACCAGGGAGUGAAGAAGGAGUCAAGCCAAGGAGCCAACAGUCCCCCAUGGGAGAACGCCAGGGGCACCGGCAGGUCAGAGGGUUUGGGUGUUUCAGGAUACCACUCCUCCAAAUACCGUAAAUCCCCUCUCAGUUUGCUGCAGUCAGGGUCCAGGCUCCACAAGCAGGGCCUGGGGUCCGCGGGCACAUCUGCUACCCCACCUGCAGGGAAGUUUUUCAGGAUGUCCCCACUAGGGAAAAGGCCUCUGUCUGAGGAGGCCCGAUCAGUGGAGACUGCCCACUCACCAUCACAUCAGCCUAAGACUUUCUCGCCUCUGCCACAUGAUUUCUCCUUCAAAAGAAAACCCUCCCCAGACAAGCACGGACACCAGGAUCCCAGUUGUGAGCUGUGUGGCUUCUACUUUGAGAACCGUAAGGCUCUAGCCAGCCACGCGCGAGCCCACCUGAGGCAGUUUGGUGUGACUGAGUGGUGUGUAAAUGGAUCCCCCAUCGAGACGCUUAGCGCCUGGAUGCGCAGCAGGCCACAGAAGGUGUUGGAGAUGCAUCGUAGCUACAUGCAGGGCAGCCGCUCCACCCUCAAGAAGAAGAGCAGCUCACCUCUUCAGUCAACAGAUUCUGAUCAUAUCCUUCCCAUAUCAUCGCAGAAGGCCUCCUCUUCCUCCUCCUCCUCCUCCUCCUCCUCUUCCUCCUCCUCCUCCCAGUGGUCUUCUUCUUUGGCUGUGAGCCUGGUGCGGCCGGUGAGCCGCGAGGUCAGCCAGGGCUCUUCCAAGACCGCCGAGGGUGAGGCUGGUACCAAUCUACAGGCCGUUCCCAUCAGGCCCGGCCGCAGCAGUCCCGGCCACUCGCGGCUCGCCAGCGGCCUCCCGCUUCAAGCACAGGUGGCACGCAGUGAGCUUAACGUCCGCCUGCCCAGAGGUUUUGAGCGUCGGCCCUUGAAGCACCCGUCUUGCCCAGAUGGAACAGAGAGGGACAGUGGCCCCCCUAAGCCCCCCCGCACAGGCACCGUCCCCGCCCUGGUGCCCAAACCACCCUCCUACCCACUGGUCAAACUGGUGGGCAAGUUCUACACCCUGAAGUGCCGGUUCUGCGAGGUGGAGUUUCACGGCCCGCUGUCGGUGCAGGAGGACUGGAUCAGACACCUCCAGCAGCACAUCCUGAAGAUGAACUACAGCAAACCUGCUACACCCAAAGCAGCCUCCGCUGGACCCCCUGCCCCAGCUGAUGACCCAGCGCCGGUCCAGGCCUCUGCCACAGCCUCCACCUCUACCUCCAGCACCACCUCUACACCUACUCCUGCCCUCGCCUCCACCCCGACCCGCCCCACAGCUCCCAGCAGCCGCUCCUCUACGCCUCUGGCUGAGUGCACUCCGCCUGUCACUGCCACAGAGAUAGUAAAGGGCUCCGAGGAGCAACCCACCCCAUCUCCAACUUAUAUCCCCCUCCCCACCCAGACAGUUGUUGUUGAGGAGGAGUGUUUCCCCUCCAAAGAGCACCUUUUGAAGCAGCUUUCUAGACUGUUACUAAGUCCCGUUACCAUGGGAACGAAGCUCUCCUGGCGUUUUGAGCGUCGGCCCUUGAAGCACCCGUCUUGCCCAGAUGGAACAGAGAGGGACAGUGGCCCCCCUAAGCCCCCCCGCACAGGCACCGUCCCCGCCCUGGUGCCCAAACCACCCUCCUACCCACUGGUCAAACUGGUGGGCAAGUUCUACACCCUGAAGUGCCGGUUCUGCGAGGUGGAGUUUCACGGCCCGCUGUCGGUGCAGGAGGACUGGAUCAGACACCUCCAGCAGCACAUCCUGAAGAUGAACUACAGCAAACCUGCUACACCCAAAGCAGCCUCCGCUGGACCCCCUGCCCCAGCUGAUGACCCAGCGCCGGUCCAGGCCUCUGCCACAGCCUCCACCUCUACCUCCAGCACCACCUCUACACCUACUCCUGCCCUCGCCUCCACCCCGACCCGCCCCACAGCUCCCAGCAGCCGCUCCUCUACGCCUCUGGCUGAGUGCACUCCGCCUGUCACUGCCACAGAGAUAGUAAAGGGCUCCGAGGAGCAACCCACCCCAUCUCCAACUUAUAUCCCCCUCCCCACCCAGACAGUGUAAGCUCAGAUUCAUCACUGUCAUUUUGCCCCCUUUUGCUUUGUCCUGCCUUUACUAUUUCUUUUUCGUCCAACCGUUUAUUUCCUUUGGCCUUUGCAAAGUGUUGUUGAGGAGGAGUGUUUCCCCUCCAAAGAGCACCUUUUGAAGCAGCUUUCUAGACUGUUACUAAGUCCCGUUACCAUGGGAACGAAGCUCUCCUGGCGUGGAUGAUUGUGGGAAAUGUCCACGCUUAUGAGGAGAGAGGAACCAGAGUUUUGCAUUUGCCUUGUUUAUAUUGAAUGUCCAGGUGAUGACAUGGAGCGUUGCUGUGCAUCUCCUCCCAUUCACUGGACGGUUUAGGGGUUAAUGUAGCCCUUUAUCAAACUUCACCCCCCCCCCCCCCUCCCCCGUCUACUACAGUUUUGCCUCCACCCUUUCCCCUAAUGAACAGUGCAUUACAAAGGCCUGUGAGAUCAAUUCUAUCAGCACGCUGGUAGCGCUGGCCUCAGCCCUAAAGGUCCUUCUGAGAUUAAAUGACAUUUACAAUCACGCUAGUGUUGUGGUUGAGACUUCAAAUGUGGCAACACUUAGUGUUAAAACAGGCACUUUUAAUGAUGACACUGAGCACUUACUGAGACGCCCAUUCAAAUGGGCAAAAUUUGACAAAGACUAAUUCCGAUUGGUUUAAGGAGCAAGAAGUGGAAGCACACUCAAAAAGGGAAGCUCCCCCUUGUUAACUUUAUAAUGUAAUUCUCUACCCGAAAUAUACAUUUGUUUGAAUGUAGCUUAAAGCACCUAUUAAUACCUUAAAUGCACACAUUCAUACACAAUCAGACAUAUAUGCCCAGUGUUGCUGUUGAUAGUUUUACCUUUCAUGAUGUUACUACUCCACAGUCUGCUGUUUUCAGCAGAUGAGGCUGCUGUUGUGUUGAAGGCACAGGUCGUUUUUUUAAUCUCCCUCUCUGGAUUGGAGAAGCAGGGCCAUAGAAAACCUUCAAGGUUACACGUACAUGUUUUUUCCCGUGUUGCCAUUUUCGUCCUGCCCUUUUCAGUUUAACCCAAAUUAUUUAUUUAUUUUAAUGCAUCUGAAUGUGGUAAGCUAGGUCAUUAAAGCUAAAGUAGAACUUUGGAAUGUUUGGAAGUAGGUCAGCAGUGCACUUUUACACUAGUGCACAGUGUGUGUGUAUGAUUGUGUGUGUGUGCGUGUGUGUGUGUGUGUGUGUGUGUUAGUUUGUAUGUUUGUGUACAUACAUAGAAAUGUGCAUUUGUUUCCCAUUUUAAAGAGAAAGACAGAAGUAAAACUGCUUGACAGGAAGACACCUCUUUAGCUCAAAGUGAACUAAAUGUGGGAGCCUUCCUGGAUGUGGCCUGGUCAGGACUUAAAAGCAUCCGUCGUCAUGUUAGGAUGUGCCAAAGAGUCUGUUUACUUCCUGGACUUUCAUCUGUAAAAGCUGUUUACAUCGCACCUGAUGGUGGAGGAAACUCUGCACGGCUACCGAGUUCCUUGAGGCACCACACUGACCAACGGACUGAACCAGCGGUGAUCUGCAUCCACUACAUGCACCGCCGUGUUCCUCCGGUUUAAAAGACUCGGGAGCGGCUUCACGGGGUUGUUACUGUACGAUUAGAUUAUUCCAAUUAAAGAUGAACACAAACCAAACUUGAUUUCAAGCAGGGCUCUUGAGAACUGCCGACCCUGAGUCCAAACACGUCUGACCUCGGGGCUCUUGAGGCUGAUGUCUUCGGCCUGUUUCUUGCUACGUUGCUUCAGACUGUGUUAAAAUCAACACCACAACUGCAGCAAUAACCGAAGGGUCCAUACAGGCUGACGACCUUUUAGAGUUCGUUCCAGUGUUGCCCACGUUUGAAACAUGACUGUUCGAUCCAAACAAUACCCAAACCCUUUUAUGGAGUAUAGAUACAUACUAUAUAACUACAUGUACUUAAGAAACUGUUGAUGCUAGUAGAGCCAUCAGCAGUUCUAUUAGCAAGGUAGUUAAAAAAAUAAGUGAUCUUAAUUCUUCUAUUGUGAUUUUGAUUUAAACCUUUGAUGCUAUGUAUUUUUUAUUGCUCUGUGCAUUUCUGUAUUUGCAGUCCUGCAAGGUGAAUCUUAGAGUAUUUUUUAUUUUUACCUGUUAGUCUCUCCAAGCUGAAACUUUGGUGCUGGUGAGAAUGUUGCAGGUUGGGAGGUGGCGAGUGGCGUGAGACUGAACGUGAGGGAAAACGUUUCAAUGUGAUUGUCACGUCCCGGUAUUAUAGGACUCUAAUAAAUCAGGCCUUAAAGGGGACCACUGUGCACGGUCAGAUAUGAUCUUCUCGCGGCAUUCACAGAGUAAUAGAUGCUGUAGCCUCCUGCAGGCGCCGUGGCUGCAUUACUGUGUGAGAUGUGAAGUACAGGCCAGUGCAUUAGAGUUCCCUUUUAAGAUUACCUGAUUAAGCCUCAGCUGGUGUAACUGGCUGUUUUGUGUGUGUGUGUGUGUGUGUGUGUGUGUGUGUGUGUGUGUGCGCGUGUGUGUGUGUGUGUGUGUGUGUAUAAACAGACGAUGAUUAAGAAGAAAAAGAUGCAGUUGAGGAAAGAACUGUACACAAAGGGUUAAGUUUUAAGUGAAUCAACUACAGAACAAACAAAUAAAUGUGAUUUCAAUUUCA